GGGGGCCCCAUGACACCCCUCCCGGACCCCUGGACUCCCACAGGGCCAGAAGCCGCAGGUCAGAGCCCUGAGCAUGGCAAGUGCCCAGCACCCCGGGAGCCCCGGAUGGGCAGGACUCACGGCCCCGAGCGCGGCAGGGGCCAGGCAGGAAGCGCCCGCCGCUGGCCCUGGCCUCCCCGCUCCAGGACCUGAAGGGGGCCCGGACGCCGCCGCGGGCAGCCCGAGCGCCCACUCCAGCAUGACCACGCGGGAGCUGCAGGAGUACUGGAGGGGCGAGAAGGGCGUCUGGAAGCCCGUGAGGCUGCUCUUCGAGAUCGCCUCGGCCCGCAUCGAGGAGGGGACGCUGUCCAGGUUUGUGAUGUACCAAGUCGUGGUCAUCCAGACGGGCAGCUUCGACAGCACCAAGGCCGUCCUGGAGCGGCGCUACUCGGACUUCCAGACGCUGCAGCGCGGCCUGCUGCGGGCCUUCCCGGAGGAGAUCGAGGACGUGGCCUUCCCCAAGAAGCACCUGCUGGGGAACUUCGAGCCCGAGCUGAUCGCGGCGCGCACGCGGGCCUUCCGCGAGUACCUGCGCCAGCUCUACGCCAUCCGCUGCGUGCGCCGCUCCCGCGAGUUCAUCGACUUCCUGACGCGGCCCGAGCUCCGCGAGGCCUUCGGCUGCCUGCGCGCCGGCCAGUACGUGCGGGCGCUGGACAUCCUGGGCCGCGCGCUGCCGCUGCAGGAGAAGCUCACGGGCCACUGCCCCGCCGCCGUGGUCCCCGCGCUGUGCGCCGCGCUCGUGUGCCACCGGGAGCUCGAGCGCCCCCUGGAGGCCUUCGCGGCGGGCGAGCGGGCGCUGGAGCGGCUGCGGGCGCGGGAGGGCCACCGCUACUACGCGCCGCUGCUGGACGCCAUGGUGCGCCUGGCCUACGCGCUGGGCAAGGACUUCGUGUCGCUGCAGGAGCGGCUGGAGGACAGCCAGCUGCGCAGGCCCAGCCCGCGGGGCCUCACCCUCAAGGAGCUGGCCGUCCGCGAGUACCUGGGCUGAGCCGCGAGCUGCAGAUCUGCGAUCGCCGUGGCUCUGUGGGCUGUUGGGGUGCCUCCUGGAUGGAAUGGCCACGUGGGGCCACUUGUAGUCCUCCAUUUCCCCAGCUGUGUCCAGCUGAGCCCCCCACCCCCAACUUCCCCACCUCCCCCCCAACCCCCCUGUCCCUUAGAAGCCAGGCUCACUUGAUCUCAAAUCCACAAACCCAGCCCCUGCCAGUGUGGCUCCGUGGUUGAGCGUGGACCUAUGAACCAGGAGGUCAGGGUUGUAUUCCCGGUCAGGGCACAUGCCCGGGUUGCAGGCUUGAUCCCCAGUGGGAGGCGUGCAGGAGGCAGCUGGUCCAUGAUUCUCUCUCAUCACUGAUGUUUCUAUCUCUCUCUCCCUCUCCCUUCCUCUCUGAAAUCAAUAAAAAUAUUUUUUAAA